AUGUGUCCCCUGCAGCAUCCCCGGCCAUCUCCGCCGGCCGAUUCCGGCUUCCAUGUUCUGGUCCCUGUGACGUCAGGGUAUACGGCCCCGGAACCGGUGGCAAAUUUGAAAGUUUUAAAAAUUUCAUUUUUUUUUAAAACGAUUAUUACAUACAUUUCUCAUACAUUUUGUCCCUACUGCUUUGUCCUGUGCUCUGCCUGCAUUUUGACUGUUCUUUCUGCCUGGAAACUUAGAAAAGUCCAUGGCGUCCAAAAAGCAUCCCUUUAGGUCAAAAGCGGUUUUAGACCAGUUAGAGAACAGUGAUAGUAAACCAGAACCACUUGCAGAAUUGA